AUGGACUCCAGCCACAGCGCAAAGAAAGAGCAGAUCAAUAGUACUGUCUCUGAUGAGCGCCCUGAGGAAAUUACAGAAUCAGCAGGUAGCGCCCUAGAAAAGUCGACGAAGUCCAGCAGCAAAAAAAGGGCAAAAGCACGAAAAGACCGGGAAGGAUUGCAGGCCCUUCUGAACAGGAGCAUGCAAACCAAAGGCGUGCCCAGCCUCAGCUUGAUGGACUUGAUGAAGAAAUGA